AAGCACAAGCAGCUCUGUUAAGGAAGCAACGCUUCAGGAGCGUGAACUGGUUCCGCACCUCAAUAAUUUUGUGAUCAAUCAAUCAACAAUUUAUGUCAAGACAAAAAAAGAAUAACAAAUGAAUUUAUUCAUUAAAUCAUAAGAAACAGUGAAUAUCCAAAUAGUUAAAAUUAUUGCAAACCAAGCCAACUAUUAAGUGGUAUUAACCCCCACGCAAGCAACGCACACAUUAAAUAGUUUUUUUCUUAACGUGGAACUAGACUUGGCAUUUGCUGCUAAGAAACUAAAAAUUAAUGAAAACAAUUUGCAAAUGGAUGAGAAUAGGAGUUUUAAAUGCAAUGAGCCUGGAUGUGGCAAGGCCUUUUGGUAUAAGUCGGCAUUGAAACGACAUUUAAAUACGCACAAAGAAAACGAUCCAGAUGCGCCAACUGUUUCAUGGGGCUGCAGCAAUUGCACCAAAAUGUUCUCGACAAUCGAGUCGCUGCGACGACAUUUCAAAACUGCCCACGGCUCUGUCUAUGUCUAUCCCUGUCAAUAUGAAGGCUGCACCCAAAUGUUUCAGCGCAAGGAUAAUUUGACUCGACAUGCGGCCUCGCAUGCGGACAAUAAACAUUAUUGCGACACCUGCGGCAAGUCUUUUGCCCGCAAGGAUGCGCUGACAAGGCAUAAAGUAAUUCACACGCGGCAGGCGCAGCUGAAAGCCGCUGAAAGUCCUGACAAUCCAAGCUCGAGACAAGGUCAAGAUAGAUCGAAUUCCAACUCGUCCUCUAUGCUCGUAAAGCGCCGAUCUGUGGGCGUCUCGGUGUGAAAGUAAAGAGUAAAAUGUUGGCAUGAGCUCUUGGAAAAGAAGAAAGUUAAACAGCAUUUGAAAUAAAAGUUGUUACUUAUCCGAAAAUGAUAGUUGAUGCUAAAGUUUCGAUGGGACUUAGGUUUGGGUAAAUAUGCUCAUAAAAAGAACUAAAACAAAUAUAAUAACAUUUCUUAACCAUUGUAAAAAACCACGUUCUUAUUAUUAAGUUCAAACUUUAUAAAUAAUAUUUAAAUUGUAAGCAAAUGUUAUUCUAUCCAUGCAAAGUAUGCGGACGACCGAUAACUGGAUUUUGGGAAAUUUCCUCGCAUUUGUGGAAAGUUGGUGGAAAACGUGGAUAUACCUAUGAAUUAUAUUAUAAUUUAUGAAUUUAAAAUUUUCAUUUAGAGUAAGUUGAAACAACAAUUGAACUUAACGAAUGAAAAAGUUCGUGACUAUCGUUCAUUACGUUUCGAUUAAUAAUUGCAUAAAUAUCGUUUAUACCAAUUACAAAUUAAAACCACUAACUGCAU